UCAAGGCGCUCCUGUCAACAUUCAAAAUAAAGCAAAUCGCAAAAUUUUACAAUUGGCGCAACAAUGACAGCAUUUCGUCCAUUUACCUGUGAUGACCUGUUCAAGUUCAAUAACGUUAAUUUCGAUCCGCUGACCGAAACAUAUAAUUUAAAGUUCUAUACACAAUAUCUAGCUAAAUGGCCGGAAGUAUUUUAUCUGGCGGAAUCACCCAACGAGCACAUCAUGGGCUACAUCAUUGGCAAGGUGGAGGGCGAGGAUGAUAAUUGGCAUGGUCAUGUCACGACGCUAUCCAUUUCUCCCGACUACAGACGUUUGGGAUUGGCGGCGCUACUGAUGAACUUCCUCGAGAACUUUUCCGAGAAGAAACACGCUUACUUUGUGGAUCUGUUUGUGCGCAAGAGCAACAAAUUAGCCUUCGAUAUAUACACGAAAAUGGGCUACUUCGUCUAUCGCAACAUACGUGAUUACUACCGCGGAGAUCAGGACGAGGAUGCGUAUGAUAUGCGCAAGGCGCUCUCGUGUGACAAGUCGUUGAUCCCAUACUAGCAGCCAGUGCGAGAUCAUAAUUAAUUAAUUAACAUAAUUCAUAUGUUACAAUAACAAAUAAAAGCCGUUUUUUUUUAAUUUAAAAGUAGUAUUUAAUAUUUUAAAAAA